CCACGUCCUCAACCCCAACCAGUUUCUCAGUUUUGAACUUUCCUCUCUUUCUCUGUUGUUCGAUCAGACAACAACGUCAAGUUUCAAUCCAUUUCAUGGUCGGGACCAUGAGAAAUCGCUCGAGGAUGGUUCCUAAGCUCGUGGCAUUCUUGCUCGUGGCAAUUCGACUUCGGACACAAGUAGUAAUGUGCUCGUCGUCUUCGCAGCGCCUUGCACCAGCAUUGUAUGCAUUCGGCGAUUCGCUGUUUGACAGCGGCAACAACAACGUCUUGGCCACCCUUGUCAACGCCAAUUACCCUCCUUACGGCGAUGAUUUCCGGAGAGGCGUCACUGGACGGUUCACCAAUGGGAGGACGGUUUCCGACUUCCUCGCUGAAUUUCUGGGGCUGCCUUAUCCACCGCCAUACCUGAGAUAUAGGACAUCACGAGUGAUCACUGGACUGAAUUUUGCGUCCGGAGGAUGUGGCAUUCUCCCUGAAACAGGAAACGACAUGGGCAAAUGUCUUAACUUGGAUGACCAAGUGAGGUUGUUUGAGAGAGCCGCCCACAAUGAUCUACCAAGACUCUUCAAGAGCUCCAAUGAGUUCUCCAGCUAUUUGGCCAAGUCGAUCUUCGCCUUCUCGUUCGGCAACAAUGACUACAUCUCCAACUACCUCAAUCCAACUCUCUACAACACGGGCAAAACCUAUGGGCCUCGGCCAUUUGCGAAGCUCCUCGUCGCUUCACUUUCUCAGCAACUAGAGAAAUUAUAUAAUGUGGGAGCUAGAAAGUUUGUUGUCUUUGAGAUUGGCCCAAUUGGUUGCAUCCCAACGAUCGCGAAGACAUCAAACCACGACGGAGUAUGUGAUGGAGGACCAAACUUGCUAGUUUCCUACUUCAAUCAGAUGCUUCAACCGAUGCUACAGAACAUGACUUCCAGUCUCGCGGGAUCGAUGUUCGUUCUCGGUCGAGUGAAUCAGCUUGGCUACGACAUGAUAAUCAAUCCUUCUAAUUAUGGCUUGACGGACUCGAGAAACCCUUGCUGCCUGACAUGGGGAAAUGGAACAUUGACGUGCAUUCCGUUGCUGACCCCAUGCCUCGAUGCCGAUAAACACUUCUUUUGGGAUGGAUUUCAUUUCACCGAAAAGGUGUCCUCGAUCUUAGCUUCACGGUGUUUCAACGACGCCAACGUUUGUUCUCCGGUCAGCUUGCAACAUCUCGUGCAGAUAUGAACAUCUCAUAUGUAUGGUCCUAUCGGAGGCAGCUAUUCAUCUUGGGUCAUAAUCGUUAAUCAGAGGUUGUCUUUUGGCAUAAUGUAAAGGACAUUGUAAUCGUUCUAUGUAGUUGGCAAACAUAAAAUAACAUGGGGGAAGUUUCU